AUGGCGCGCGCACAGCAGACCAUCUCCCUCGCGCUCCUCGUGAGCUCCUUCUACCUCUCCCUCUACCUCGGCCUCCUGCCCCUCCCGCCCGCCGUCCAAGAAGCCAUCGUCCCCGUUCUGCCCUUCUGGGCCCUGGUCUCGUUCGGCGCCUGGCUGCUCUUCCGCCUCGGCUGGGGCAUGCUCACCUUCCGCGACACCCCCGAUGCAUAUGCCGAGCUGAUGGACGAGAUCAAGAUGGCCAAGGCGGAUUUGAGGACGAAGGGUGUGGAUGUUGACUGA